GGGCUGAACCGCAAAGCGGCGGCGCGCUCCGCGGCGUUUGGGAGCCGGGGGAGGGGAGCGGCAGCGGCGAGGGCUUGAGGGACCUCGCGCGCGCGCGGCCGGGGGGGCGGCCUCUGAGCGCGGCGGGCGGAGCAGCCCCGAGCGCAGGUCGGCUCAGCAUGUCGGUCAGCGUCCACGAGACCCGCAAGUCGCGGAGCAGCACGGGCUCCAUGAACAUCACGCUGUUCCACAAGGCCUCACACCCCGACUGCGUGCUGGCGCACCUCAACACGCUGCGCAAGCACCGCAUGUUCACCGACGUGACGCUCUGGGCCGGCGACCGCGCCUUCCCCUGCCACCGCGCCGUGCUGGCCGCCUCCAGCCGCUACUUCGAGGCCAUGUUCAGCCACGGCCUGCGGGAGAGCCACGACGACACGGUCAACUUCCAGGACAACCUGCACCCCGAGGUGCUGGAGCUGCUGCUGGACUUUGCCUACUCUUCGCGCAUCGUCAUCAACGAGGAGAACGCCGAGUCGCUGCUGGAGGCGGGCGACAUGCUGCAGUUCCACGACGUGCGGGACGCGGCCGCCGAGUUCCUGGAGAAGAACCUGUUCCCAUCCAACUGCCUGGGCAUGAUGCUGCUCUCCGACGCCCACCAGUGCCGCCGGCUCUACGAGUUCUCCUGGCGCAUGUGCCUGGUGCACUUCGAGGCCGUGCGCCAGAGCGACGACUUCAACAGCCUCUCCAAGGACACCCUGCUGGACCUCGUCUCCAGCGACGAGCUGGAGGCGGAGGACGAGCGCGUGGUCUUCGAGGCCGUGCUGCAGUGGGUCCGGCACGACCUGGAGCAGCGCAAGGCCCACCUGCCCGAGCUCCUCCGCGGCGUGCGGCUGGCCCUGCUGCCCUCCGACUGCCUGAAGGAGGCCGCGUCCGGCGACGCCCUGCUCAUGGCGGAUGAGCGCACGCGGCUGCUGGUGGACGAGGCGCUGCGCUGCAAGGCCCGGAUCCUGCAGAACGACGGCGUGGUCACCAGCCCCUGCGCCCGGCCGCGCCGGGCCGGCCACACGCUGCUCAUCCUCGGGGGCCAGACCUUCAUGUGCGACAAGAUCUACCAGGUGGACCACAAGGCCAAGGAGAUCAUCCCGAAGGCGGACCUGCCCAGCCCCCGCAAGGAAUUCAGCGCCUCGGCCAUCGGCUGCAAGGUGUACGUCACCGGGGGCCGCGGCUCCGAGAACGGGGUCUCCAAGGACGUGUGGGUGUACAACACCGUCCACGAGGAGUGGUCCAAGGCAGCGCCCAUGCUGAUCGCCCGUUUUGGCCACGGCUCCGCCGAGCUGGAGAACUGCCUCUACGUGGUCGGGGGCCACACGUCGCUGGCCGGCGUCUUCCCGGCCUCGCCGUCGGUCUCGCUGAAGCAGGUGGAGAAGUAUGACCCCGGGGCGAACAAGUGGACCAUGGUGGCCCCGCUGAGGGACGGCGUCAGCAACGCCGCGGUGGUGAGCGCCAAGCUGAAGCUCUUCGUGUUCGGUGGCACCAGCAUCCACCGGGACAUGGUGUCCAAGGUCCAGUGCUACGACCCGUCGGAGAACCGGUGGAGCAUCAAGGCCGAGUGCCCGCAGCCCUGGCGGUACACCGCGGCCGCCGUGCUGGGCAGCCAGAUCUUCAUCAUGGGCGGCGACACGGAGUUCACGGCCGCCUCGGCCUACCGCUUCGACUGCGAGAGCAACCAGUGGACGCGGAUCGGGGACAUGACCGCCAAGCGCAUGUCCUGCCACGCGCUGGCGUCGGGCAACAAGCUCUACGUGGUGGGGGGCUACUUCGGCACCCAGCGGUGUAAGACCCUGGACUGCUACGACCCCACGUCGGACACGUGGAAUUGCGUCACCACCGUGCCCUACUCGCUCAUCCCCACGGCCUUCGUCAGCACCUGGAAGCACCUGCCCGCCUGAGGCGCGCGGAGCCAGCCAGACGCUACGUGUUUCUCCCCGCCCCACGGCCGCGGCCCUCGCUCAUGCACGUGGCCCUGACCUUGUCUGUGGGAUGCUCCACCCGGCCCAGCGCUCUGAGCUGCCAGCAGCUGGCCCACCAGUCCUGGGAGCGGUGGCCUCGGGGGCUGCUCCGAGCUUCAGGGAAGAAGAGCCAUCUCCGCGUCCUGUGGGUCUGGCUGAGGCCUUGCCUGCUUUGCAGUGGUUUGCGGGGUGGGGGGGAGAGGACCUUCCUGGGGGCGUGGACGGACACCAGGACUCCCUCGGCCUGGAGGAGAAAGACACGUCUGCCAAGCCUUGAGGGCAUUCUGGACUGGGGCAGGAGGGCAGCACAGUCUUGGGCUCCAGGCUUCCCUGGUGACAUUGUAAAGCCUCCCCACACAGGACGCCCCUGGGAAUGGGUGCAUCGGGGCUGAGACUGGAUUGUGCUGUGGAGAAAGUCCUAAGGGAGAGAACCGUUUAGUGACAGCCACCAGGCUUUCUCAACAAAUGACCUCCAGGCCACCAGUGUUAAAUAGGCUCCCGAGAGUUGGGCCUCACCCCCAGCGACCUCACCAUCUUCCAGUCAGACCAGCCAUGCCCUGGGUGCAGACACAGGUGUGCAGAGGCCCCGGGUGGCACGUGCCCAUGGGGCUGCCCAUUACCUCCCCUCAGAGCCCAGCCCAAGAGGCAGUGAUGACCCCAUUUCCUGCCAGGAGCACACUGCCCCCAGAGAGGGACCCUACCUGCCCAGAUCAGGAGCAGAUGUGAGCAGGGGACUCCAGGGUGCCCACGACAGACCCCACCAAGGGCUGGACUCAGCUUGGAGGAUGACACAGCCCCGUGAUGCUGGCCUCUCAACCUUCCAGCUGGUGAUGGGGUCUGGCUCAUGUGUCCCCUAAGCUCAAAACAUGACAGUGGUCGCUAGAGAACUGCCAAGCGUUUGUUCAUUUUCCCACCUCCCAAGUAUUGGGCACCUCACAGGUCCAGCCGCAGCCUCGGGUUUCUGGAAAGGUCGGCUCCUAUCAGCGGCCCCCGUCACCUAGUGUUAGAGGGUGUGGCUUUGUUCCUUGCCUGCCCCGGUGCACCGUGGGGGCCAGAACGGGUGGUUUCCCAGACCGCCUGCUAUGCGGACUGUGUGGCUUGGCGCUCCCAAGUAGGCUGUAGUACUCAUGGGGCCGGUUGCUUUCCAGUUGGCCCUGCCCCCUUACAGGACACCUCUGUGCCACCUCCGGGCCUGUGGGUGUCUCCCGGGGCCCCGAGGGCAUCUUUAGGGCAGGAUUCGCCCACAGAUAUGCACCAGCCGUAGGCCAUCAGCUUCCCCUGGGGGAAAGUCAGAAGGCAUGUCUCCAGGUUCCUGGGACCCCACGGCCCCUGCCUUUGUCAGAGCUUCCUCUCAGCCACCCAGAAGCCAGGGGCCUGGUCCCAGGAGAUGGCUCAGCCCAAGAUGCCGGGGAGGAGGCAGCCCAGGUCCAGCGUCCCUACCGCCUGGAGGGGCCCCCGGCCUGUUGGAUUGCUGCGCUAAGUACAGGUCUGACAGCACAAAGGACCUCACAGUGGUGCUUUCUCCACAAGUUGUGUUGUUUUUACCCAUUUCUAACUUAAUAAAAGAGUUGAGAAAUCUUGCC